CAUCGACCUAUCAACAAGGGCAGGUUAUGAUGAUGUUCCAAUUCUUCGGAGCUGAAUGCCAGAACACGCCUGGGUCCUGGAAUAUGGAAUGAGGGCCAGAUUCAACUGCUACUUGGGAAAGGAUGACCAAUGCCGUGCAUGCUGAAGGAGGCCUUAGGUAUGACUUCUUCCCUAGCGUUCUUCUCGACCUGAUAGAACAUCACAACAGCGCAAUCUGCUCGCAUAGAAUAACGCAUCACACAGUAGUUCUUCCGCUGUAUCCAGGCCGUACGAGUCACUCAGAUGCCCCUGAACAAAAGGCUUCGGGAAUGGUGGGCUAUCAAGUGCUUGUAAGACAUAUUGAUAUGUAACCAAAGCCGGUUUACGAACCCUCAGCGCGUGGGGGAAAGUUCAAGUUUUCAACGACCCCGCAGCUAUGCAACUAACGCCGAUAGUUCCGCGCAACAAUGUCGGGUGUAGCGGGAUUAUAUCUUCGUGUUCAAAUUCGUCGCUAGCCACAUCAAUUGACCUAUCUUCUUUUAGUAUAUCCAUAUUACGCGGCCUACGUUCAGGGAUGAUUGCUAAUGGGAGCGGGGGUAUACUGCAGAGGGGGGAAAGUUUAGGCUUGUAUGAUAUGGGCUAUCCCUGGACCGACACGACUGUCUCUGGAUGAUCAAUCUGGGGAUCGAUGACCUGUCAAAUAUCAUAUUACGUGUUUUGUUUUGCC